AUGUGCAAUUUUUUCAAUUCAUACUUAUAUUUUAUCAGUUUAAUUCACUUACCAUAUUAUUUAACACAAACUGAUUGGGAUAUUCGAGCCAAUGUUAUUUUUCCUUCACCGUCUUCAUCAUCUUCGACAACUCCAAUACCUGUAGUUCCACAAAAAUCAACAAUAUAUAAUGUAGGUAAUGAAAUGAGAAAUGUAGUAACUGAAAGUAGUAGAACAAACAUACUACAAUCUGUUGAUGAAGUUAUUGAAAAACAAGAAAUUAGAAUAGAUUGUUUGGAAGCAUUGCACAAUUGUGAAUUAUUUAGUGGAAUAUGUAAAGUGGAUGUAGAUAUUUUCAAAACAUUUUGUGGAGAUUGGACUGAUGAGCGCAGUUUAAUGGGGUGCCAGCGUAAAUAUUUACGAGAAUGUCAAUCAGCUCUUAGAACCAUGAAUCUUGGACGUCCAGGAUUAAAGCAUUGUAUAUGUGAUAGUCGGUCUAGCCGUUCGAUUGAUGACUUAACCAAAUGUAAUCUACUUAGAAAAAAUUUAAACAAUCAUCCAUGUUUGGCUGAACCACCAAUAUUUCUUCGUGAAUUACAUACAUCUGGAAAUUUUCGCCAUGAAUCUAGAAAGGAAAUAAAACCAGAAAGUAAACCUACUCAAUCAACAAGCAAUAUGAAUACAAAUGUGAAACGUCUGAAUACAACAUCACUAUUGGUCGAGCCCUUUGUAUCGUCUGUACCGAUGACUACAGAAUCUCCUAUCACUAUGAAUAUGCUGUCUAGUGUAGGAUCACCUAACGGUGAAUUAGUUGAUCAGCAUUUGAACAAAAAUAAACAAAAUACAAGUUGUUUAGAUUUACUUGAAAAUUGCACUAAAUUGCCGGCAUGUGCCAUAGCACUUAAUAAAUUUCGUGCAUUAUGUACUGUUAGAACUUGUAAUAAGCUGAAAUCACAAUGUUUAGAAGCAUCAAAGAAAUUUCUUCAACUUAAAACACAUAUGAAUUGUGACUGUAAAAGUGAAUUAAACGAAGGCAGGUACCGUAGAUGUUUAGAUUAUAAAGAGGCUGUAAUUGAUAAUAAAUGUGUUGAAAUUUCAUCAAACCAAGAAAUAAACUUGGUUAAUGGAAACGAAUUGGAAUAUUCUUUUGUAAAUAUGAAUUUGGAAAAAAAUUUAGCAACUAUUCCAGUUUCACCAGACUAUCAUACAGCUGUUCAAAAUAAUUCAACAACUUUAGAAAAUGAAACAUUAUCAGUAUUACACCAGUCACACUUUAUCAGUUCUAAUAUUAGUGGUCAAAGAUCAAACGAAUUAACUGAUAUAGAAACAAUUGUUUCUGAAACAUGGGAUAAUAAAAUGGAAUGUUAUUCAAUAUUUUAUGAAUGUCUUCGUGAACCUUUUUGUCUUCAACAUUUUGUAAAUCUUCGUUAUGGAUGCACACAGAUGAAUAGGCAGUUUAUUGCCUGUAGAAAUCCAAAUCAGUGUAUAAACUCACUAGAACUUUUUUACAAGGAAACAAAUUCUCUGGUAAAUAAAGCCAUAUCAUGCACUUGUACAGUAAGUGAUUUGGAUUGUCAGCAGAUUCAAAAUGUAUUUGUACCCAGAUGUAUUCGUCAGUCAUAUGGAUUGAGGAUGAAUUGCUAUCAAGCAUGGGUUAAGUGUCAGAAUGAUCCAGUUUGUAGGACAAGUUAUGAUCUGCUAGUUUCAGAAUGUCAAACUUCAAAUGGACUUUGUUACAUAAAUCCAUCUGCCUGUUUAAACUCUUACCGAAGAUUAUGGAGUGGUCCAUGGGCUGGCGGUUGCAGUUGUGAAGUAACACGACCGAAGCUAAAUCCAUCAAAUAAUGUACUAACAGGAUGCAGUGAAUUCGGUAGAAUUUUAACACAACCUCCUUGCGUUGAAGUCACUCCCGAAACACAUCAACCAGAAAGCCCAACUUUAACUCACAAUCCAUUAUAUUGUAAAAUGAUGAAAAAACUACAAAUGCCUUCUGAAGAUUUUGUCAGAAUUCCAUCUUUGCGUGAUUAUCAAGAAGAAAGACAGCUUGCACGAAAUUGUUCUUUACUAUGCAAUUGUCACGUUGGUUGUCGAUAUGAAAUGUGUUAUGGAACAGAGAUGAAAAUUUGGCAUGCUUAUUCUUUAUCUAAUCGUACUAGUCAAAAUGUUACUUUUCCAACACGAAUACAGACAAUCAAUAUUUAUCAAGCAAAUUUAUCACUAGGUUGUCUUUAUCUGCCAAAAUUUAAUCGUCACUGUGUAUGUUAUGCAUAUGAUCAUGUUGUCUGUGAUGUAUUCAUUCCGAAAAACCAAUAUUUUUUAACAGGUCAUAAACUAUUGAUUGAUUUCGAUGUGGAAAUGUAUUCUACAACGAUUGAUUUGUUGGCUGAUGAUAAAUCACUUUCAGAAUAUGAAUUUUACGGAAGUAUUAUUCAACUUGAAUUUCUGCUGACCAAUUUCCUAGCACAUUUAUUCGGACAGAAAAGCUGUCGGUUGAUAUUAUCUGCAUAUCAAACAAUCGAUGAUAAACAUUUCUGGUUAAAACAACAUUCAACCAACAAUAAUUCGAAUAAGUUACUAAAACGAUUAGAAUAUCUACUGGCAAUCAAUUUAGAUACAUCUUUUCCGACAGAAAAUAAAACUUCUUUAUGCAUUAAUCUACUAGAAGUUCUAACUAUAAUGAUCAAUGAUCAAUAUCCACAAAUAAGAUAUCAUGUUAAGUUUUCAACAUUUCAAAAAAGCAUUUUAAAAGCACCAGGAUUUAAUGAACAUUAUGAUUUAGAUAGAACUCUUGAUAAAACAUAUCGUUUACAACAAUUACAACGUCGACAACAGCAACAACAACAGCAACAACAACAACAAGAAACUCAAGCUUGGAGGCAUAUAAGAACAUCGGUACAAAUGCAAAGUAAUAAUAAACUAGAAAAAAAUAAUUCUCACAAAACAUUAGGUAAAAAAGAAAAGAAAAACAAAUUAAAAGUUCACAGAGCAUAA